AUUCCCCUCCAUCCUCUUCGCAAACUACAAACAGCAAAAAACUGCACAAUUACCCUCACCUCCCACCAAACCCCCCCAAGAUCAAGAAACGAUGGAAUCCUCCACCAUCGAACAAACCCCCUUCGUCAAACAACUAGCAGCAAAUGGUACCUCCUCCCCUUCCCUCCCUCCUUCCCCUCCCUCCAUAACUAACACCCCCAGACCGACCAACCCGCGACCAAGCCCUCGAAUCCCUAAAAACCUACCUCUCAGGCCGGCGUUCUCUUCCCCCNUCCAUAACUAACACCCCCAGACCGACCAACCCGCGACCAAGCCCUCGAAUCCCUAAAAACCUACCUCUCAGGCCGGCGUUCUCUUCCCCCCCUUGAGCUCCUAAAACUGCACAAAGGCCUCUUCUACUCCCUCUGGCUCUCGGACCGUCCAAUCCCGCAACAAAACCUCGCCUCCUCACUCGCCUCUCUAUUAGGCGUCCUCCCUGCGGAGACAUUAAUCCCCUUCCUGCGGGCAUUCUGGCAAACCAUGGCGCGAGAAUGGACGCACAUCGACGUGCUCCGGAUGGAGAAAUUCCUACUGCUCGUGCGUCGGUACGUCGGCUCCAGCCUCACAGUACUAAAGGAAGGCGGGUGGGAGACGGAAAGGGUGCAGGAGGUGCUGGAUGUGUAUGAGGAGAUUCCAUUGAGUGUGGGGGAUGUGAGGGUGCCCAUGGGAUUGAGGUUUCAUGUGGUGGAUGUGUGGGUGGAUGAGCUGGAGAGGGUGGGCUUGUUGGAGGAUGUGGGUGUGACGGGGAUGGUGCUGGAGCAGGUGAUGGCGCCGUUGGUGAAGUUAAGGGAGGGGAGUCCGACGAAGAUUAUGAGGAGGAAGGCGGACGAUGCGUUGGCGGAUGAGAGGAUACCGGGGAAUGAGAAGGAGGUGGUUAAGGAGGAUGGGGGGAGUGAGUGGGCGGGGUUUGAUGAUUAG